UCAGCUGUUGGACGAAAACAUUGCUCCGUGCGAGAGGCGAAGCGAAGGCAGAAAUAACACAAAACCAAUUUCCAGGAUGGGUGGGAGCACCUCGAAAUUCAAAAGGUGGAUGGGAAGUCGAGAAGAAGACGUAGGAGGAUGCGAGAAGGCGGUAAAAAGACUCGCAACGCCGUUUGUCUACACGAGAAGAGGUUCAGCAGAAGACAACGGAGCAGGUGAGAGAUCUGUCAAGAGGCUCGCCACUCCUUAUGUAUAUACCAGGAAAGGCUCAAUGUACUUUGAUGAGGAUGGAGACGUGGCUCAUGAGUUUUAUGAAGAAGUUCCUCCUCUAAGGCGUGGGGUGAAGGCAACAAUGCGGAAAAUACUCACCAAUUUAACUCCACAGGGUGAUGUUCGACUACCCUUCCCAUGCCUGCACGUAGACUUUCCUAUCGUCCUUUACCAAGACAGCUGAGAAGAGGAGGGGGAAGGGAGCUUUAUGAACUACUGGGCGUGCCAUUUACCGGACUUCGAAGCCAUGGUUGAGGAGCUUUCCAGGUGUUGAAAUUCUCUGAAAAGAAGGAAAGAAAUUCUUUGUGAAUAUUCAGUGGGAAAUUCAACAUGAUAAGGGAAUGGUCUUCCCCUCCCCCUCUCAACCUCCUUUUUACCCUUACUCAGAAAAGGAAAAAAAGAGAACAGUUAGAAUGAUGGAAGAUUCCUGACACCCUUCCUUCAAAGAGAGGUUGUGGUGCCCCUAUCUAGUCUUAAGCAAAGUGAGCAGCAUUAUGGGAGUCUCAAAGGAAUUUUGUCGCAUCCAGUUGUUUCAGACCUUUAUUGUUGUGUGUAUAAUAGUUCUGUCAUAAGUUAUCCAUAACUUUUUUCAGUCUUCCUUUUUUUUGUUUUUGUUUUUUUCAAUGUGUGUGGAGUACCUGACCACUCCCAAGAGUUAUAGUUAUUUGUAUGUACAGUGUGGCUAAUUCUGCCCUUUCCUUAAUAUAUGCCAGGUUGUGAUACUGUGUGAUCCUGUUGGAAUGUGUUUCAUCUGAAAACAGAAGCAAGGUAUACCCUCAUUUGUCGCAAAAAGGUGAAUUGAAUCAACUUUUUUAAGAAAGGAAAGAGCAAGUAAAAUUUUGAAUAAUUAGUAAUUGCAUUUGUUAUUACAAGACCACAAGUAUAGUGGGGUCACACAAUAUUAUAUCACAAAGACUUGAAAAAAAAAAAAAAUCUUUUGCCUUAUCUUGGUCGGAAUAGACACAUCUGGAAAAUUACAUUCCGACCUUGGAAAAGUUAUCUCUUCUUUUACAGUUACAAAAAGUGAUUUUGUUUUGUUUUGUUUGCUGAAGCACAGAAUGAAACAUGUAGUUGAAGGAAAAAAGAAUUAAAAGGACAGACAUUGAAUACUCAAAUGGAAAGUGGCAGUACAACACACAAUAUUCCCUAAGGGUCUCUACAAAGAUCUCUAUACAUGCAUGCGGACAAUCUAGCAAACAUGCAGUCUCAAAUUUGAGUACAGUUUCGUUCCCUCGAUAUUUUGCUUUUAUUGGAUAACCUUUUUAAAGCACCAAGUUUUAUUUGGUGUUGAGGCUUACAAGUGUUGUGUUUUCAUGUAACCCAUAAUGUCUGUAUGUAUGUGUCUUACUCUGUAAUGGAAGAGGAAUGCAGAAGCCACAAAGCUGGAUGAAUUCUUGAAUCCUUAAUUUAAAUAGAAUAUAUAUGUACUCUUCCAAUGUUGUGUGUAUGGAAAUGUGUAAAUAUAUAUAUAUAGAUAUGAUGUGUGUAUAAUAAACAUAUGCAUAUAAUUAAUGAAAAACACAUUUCCGUGUUAAUAUAGUAAAGAAAAACUCAGAUAGUAAAUGCAUACCUUUUGAUAAAUCAGUGUAUUUACUGUGUGGGUUUUUGAUGGAUGCCUAUUUAUUUAUGAAAUUUGCUUGUAUUAUGUGGUAUGAAUAGUAGUUGAAACUUCCAUAUGCAUCAUCUAGUAAGCUGCUGCACUAUUGAUUUCAAUAGCAGGCCUUGGUGCAACUUGCAUACUUCUCUGCUCGCAGGGAGGAGUGAUCUUGGUGUUCGUUUCUCCCCCUUUCAUAACAGCUCUCUGUGCCACAGCAGCUAUUUGCAUUACAUUCCAAAAUAAGCAGCAAUAGAAAAAAAAAUUCUCGUUAUAUCUAAAGGUCUGCUGAAAUAGUGUGAAUAUUGUAGAAAAAUGUAAAAUUACUCUAUUGAAAACGAAAGUGAAGCUGUUUAUUUGAGUAUUAUGGAGUAUUUUCAGUCAGUUUUUGUUUUCUGUAUAUUAGGCAAGAUCUUUAUCAUCAGCUGUAUAUUUGAAUGAGUACCCAUCACUGAAAUACAAAGUACAGGAGUGGAUUUUAUUAUUUGGUUCAAGAUAUGGAAUUAAUUACAGUGACAAGAUAUGUAAGCAAUAUGAUUUUCUUUCUUUCUUUCUUUCUUUUUCUUUCUUUUUCUUUCUUUUUCUUUCUUUUUACAAUACUGUUCUUACCAACGUACUAACUGCCGUGUAUGUGACCAUGACUUAAUCUUUAUUUUGGAUGACCCAAUGGAAAAUGUCAUGUUUCCUUUUAAUUUCUGACAGAGUAACUUGGUGCAAUAUGAAGAGUAAAAAAAAAAAGGAACUUGGUUGUGCACAUAUUAUUUUAUUCCUCCAACACAGCCAAUCAGUUCUACCUCUUAUUAAUAAUGGUUUGUUUCAGGUAGUUAUAUUAUUAUUGUUCUUCUUAUAUUAUUGUUAUUAUUGAUAUUAUUAUUAUUACUAUUAUUAUUAUUAUUAUUAUUAUUAUUAUUAUUAUUAUUAUUAUAAUUAUUAUUAUUAGUAUAAUCAUUAUUGUCAUUAUCAUUAUUAUUAAUGUUGUCAAUUGUUAUUUCUAUUAUUGUUGAUAUUGCUUUUGAUUUCCCCUAAAGUUUAUUGGGCCAAGCAAAAAGAGUGUUGAGGUUCCUGUAACUCAACUGACUUGAAUUUUAACCCAAUGGCGACGGGUCACGCCUAUAGGCGUCAUAACAAUACGCCCGAAAUGUGGGGUGCGGCUGUCCGCUGCGGUGGCGCGCCAAAGCGCCCCGAGGCAAUGAUUCGGCUUGAUGUACAGAAUUCGCCAGAACGUAGAGUUUUUUUUUUUUUUUUUCUAUACCCGUCGCCAAUGGGUUAAAGGUUUUUCUAAACAAAGACUUUAUAUAAUCAUUACCUGAAUCUAAAUUACUGCUAGACAAUGUGAUGCCUUUUUGCCUAGUAUUCUGGAAAGAUAAAGAUGUGAGAGCUCAGGAAAACCUUAUUUUGUUAUUUUAAAAAGAGUGGAGGGGGGAAUAAAUCUUGCCUACCAUGGCUCUUAACUGUUACAGGAAUCUCAAUGUUUUUUUUUCCCUGAGUCACAUCAUCCCUUGAGAGACAUAGUUUUCUUUUGUCCUUGCAGUUUGUGUUGCCUGAAGUGACUGCUGGAAUUGAUUGAUUUUUUGUAUGUUACUUCUUAAAGAUCACAUUAUAUAGUAUAUUGUAUGUAAAUGAUCCUAAACCACAAGAAAAUACUUAUUGAAGCAUGCAGUCUGUAUGAAACCUAUGUUUGAAAUUCCAUGUACCUGUUGCAAGCUAAUAUUAGCUACCAUUGACACAAAGACAAACACAGUAACAGUAACAGUAAUGUUUUCAGUAUAGCCUAACAGCUAAUAAAGUCACUGCAAUUUUCUACCAGCUAAACUAAAGCAAGUAAAAGUUCUCAGUAUGCCUAGCUUUAGGUGUCAAGCACUGUAAUAACCUUAAUGCAAAACUACAGUAAUACUAUUGAUAAAAAACAGUGGGUGAUAUAGUCUCCAGUGAGAUUGGUGCUGCCCAUCCAUUGGUCAUGGUUUCACACUGGCCAUUUUGCUAUAUCAUACAGAUAAUACCAUGAUAAUACACAAGACUUUAAUAAUAACUGCAUAUAUUAAAUAGUUAAUAAUACUAUUGAACAAGUAAAUUCAUAUGAUUAUAUAUAAUAUAGAAUACCUAAAUGUCUUGAGAUCUGUUGUGUUUGAAUCAGAUGCACAUAUGUGGGGGUUUUUUUUAAUGAUUUUAUUUAUCUUAACCUUGUAUUAUAUUGCAGAAUAUGGCCAGUGUUGAGGUAGUCAUUGAGUUCAGCUUCUCGUAAAUGAAAUUUGGUCAUUCCAGCUGAUUUAUGAGGUUGAAAACUAAGGGCCCAUUGAUUUAUAUGAAUAGUAUAAUGCCUGAAGCAAGCUGUGAGGCACAUUAAACUUAACGCUUUCAAAUUAGGCGGAUAAAUAUAUUCCAUUAACCAGAGACUGCCCCUUGUCCAGGAUAAGUACAUUUCCAACACAGUUUUUGUUAACCUUUCUUUUUGAAAUGAAAGUUACCAGUAAUGUGAGCUUGAUAGAGAGGUUAUUACAAGAGGUAUCCUGAUGACUGGAAAUGAAUUGUCAUGUGUAUGGUAGAAGGAUUAUGCAGCCUGAGUCAUUUCUUACUUAAUGCGUUUAGAAUAAAAAUAAGAGCAUAGAUUAUUUGACCUUUUUAUUUAUUAAUUUUUUAUGUAUUUAUUUAUUUUUUUUUUUUUAAUAAAGAAAUGUGAUUAUGUCUGCCUGACAUGGACUCACUCUAGAAGCCAGUAGACUAUACCAAUAUUAAGAUAUUCUGUUAAAGAAAUAAUGAGUUCAUACUUUAUUUAAUUAUUUCCUUAGCCCAUCACCGCCGGGUAACAGAAAUCCCUGAGCUUGAUAAACUCUGGUGAUUUCUGGCAACAGCCAGACACUGGAUGCGGGAGUCUGCCACAUCAAGUGGAAUGUCCCGCUCUAAGCGCUCUGGUGCAUUGCCGCAUAUACAGGUGUACCCCACAGACCAAGCAGUUUGUUAUGACGUCGGGUCACAUGACCCGUCCGGAUCAGGUUAAUAUCAUUUGUCAUAAAAAAAAAUACUACAGAUUCCUAGAGCCUAGAAAUAUUAUUCUAACAAAUGUUAAAACUUAAUAACUUGAGAUAUACAACUGUAUAGCAGAUGUCUCUCCAUUUCAUAAGUGUAUAUGACUGAUGAAUAUCGGAUUGUUUGUUGUUUACUCCUAUUUUAUUUGAAUAAGAAGUAACUUUUACUUGGUACAGUUCACCUUCUAUAGCAGCAAAUUUUAAAUCAGACAACCAAUAUAAAGAAUCAGUGAUGUGUGAUUGAUAGUUCAACUAUAUUUUUUUGUGUGUUAAAGUUGGCUCAAUGUUUGACAAUCAUAUUUGUUAAGUCACGGGUGAAUUUUAAUUUUCAGGCAAAUAGAAGUCAGAAAAAGAAGGUAUAAACAAAAUGGAAUGGUUAAGAUUUCAUCAUCAGAAAAGGGUUUUGAUUCAGUGUUUUUUCUUCCGUAAAUGUUUUUGAACAGUCUCUUAAACAGUUACUGGUAAAUAAUGCACCACUAUUAAUCCAUUUGAUCUGGAUGCUUCACUGCCAUCAUGUAGCCCAAAAUACGGGCGUUAGGCUUGCUUGAGUGACGUUGUAGGCCUGGUGCUUACAAACAGUUGUGUGUGGUGACAAGACUCCAUGCCUCCCCUUUGCAAAGUUAUUUUCUCUGCAGUUUUAGCUGAUUUGCCAUUUUCCAAUAUCUAUAUUUGUUAUUUGUUUUGCUUUAUAUAGAUUGUAUUAGACUGUUUUUCUUUCACAGACUCCAUAUCAACUCUCUAGGUAACCCCUAACUCAGUAAAAUAAUUAUAACAAUAA